UAUAAUAAAUUCCUCCAAGCUGUCCAAGAAUUAUAGAUUUUAGUCUCCUACAAACAAAACCCCAUAGACCAUAUUCUCAAAAAAAAAAAAAGUUUAACCCUCCUCUCCUCACCUCUCCUCUAUAUUAUUUAUUUCUCCUGCGCUGCGUGCUCACCCACCAACACCAUGCCUCCAACCAUGGAAGCAGAACAACAAGAAGAUCAAGUAGUUGACCAAUUAAAAUUAGAAGAGCUUCACAUAGAUGAAAAACAAAGCGAACCCAAGACAGAGAUACCAGUCCCAAACCUUGAUGAAGUGGAAGAGAUACUUGGUUACAAGUUCAAGGACAAAAGCUUGUUAGAAGAGGCUUUCACGGAUUCUUCGUUUUCAGGUGAACUCCCUUCCUACGAGCGAUUGGAGUACGUGGGUGAUGCUGUGCUUAACCUACUCUUCACAAAGGAGCACUACUCCCUGUACCCGAAUUUGUCACCCGGACCUUUGACCCGACUCCGCGCCGCCAAUGUGGAUACCGAUAAGCUCGCACGUGUGGCCAUCAGACACGGCUUGCAUAGGUAUCUACGCCACAAAAAACCUCUUCUUGGGGAGCAAAUUCGAGAAUUUUCACAGGGUAUCUUAGAAUAUCCAUUGCAUUCCAAUGGACUUAUUGAUGCACCAAAGGCCCUUGCUGAUAUUGUUGAAUCCUCAAUAGGGGCAGUUUUCAUUGACUGCUCCUGUUCACUAGACAUUGUGUGGAAGGUGUUCAAGAGUUUGUUGGAGCCUAUAAUCGAUCCUUCAACCCUAUGCAUACAUCCUGUGACACAACUUUAUGAAGUGUGUCAAAAAAGAAAUUUGAAACUGGAGUUUGUCGAUUUAUGGACUGAAAGUACAGCGGUUGAUGUUCUCAUAGAUAAUCAGCAUAUGGGAAGAGGUGUCUAUAGCCUUAAGAAAGAUAUCGCCCAUAAUAGAGCUGCUAAAAAUGCAUUGGACAAUAUGGAGAAAAUACUAAGUGAUGCAUGAAUAAUAUUAAAUUGAAAUGCAAAAUUAGAUGUGCACCUUGGCUUUUCCUUUCCUUAUGAAGUAAAAUUUCAUAUUGUAGCCAUAUUUGUAUUAACAAUUCAUGUGUUUAAAUUAUUUAAUUUGUUUUUCUUUAUAAAUGUUUGUUUAAUACGUAAUUAUUAACCUCCAGU